AUGUUUAAAACUUAUUACAAUAUCCUGCUCGAGUUGUUGGAUAUGAAAAAUUAUUACACUAUUCUAGGUACGUUCGGAGCCAGAGAUUUGUGUUUAGGCGUUGCGAAGAAUGCGACUCGCCUGGAUAUAAGGAAAGCCUACCUACAGAAGGCUAAAUUAUAUCACCCUGAUCUAAACCCGUCUGCUUCAGCUGCUUCUAAGUUCAAGGAGAUUCAAGAGGCCUACAACACCCUGUACAACCCUGACAAGCGCAGAGAGUACGACGCUGGGCCGAGUACGUUUAAUUCAACACAUUCGCACUCAGGUUUUUAUUCGAGCACUGCAAACAGAUACAAUACCUAUGACGCAAGCAGGCAAUAUCGCAGUUACACUGAAGCUCCGUACAACAGUGACAGCUUUGAACAGCAGUUCAGGGCUGAAACGGAAUGGCUGAGAAAACAGUGGCAACAAAUGGAAGAAGAGAGAUUCAAGAACGAAUCUGCAAAUUUGCGGAAUUUAAACUCUAAUUUUCGAUUUAAACUGUUCGACAACUUUUUCAAUAUGCCAAUCAACUGGUUAAGAUACUUUUUUUACUUCAUAAAUCGGAUUUUACCUACUCUUCUGUUCCCGAUAGGUUUAGUACUAUAUCUAACCAGAGAUAACUCUGGUCAUCAGCCGGGUCGCAGAAAGAUGCAAAUCGUCUAUGAUUCUUAUGGUAUUUUUGUUGUUUUUACGAAAAUUACUCAGGGAGGGCCUACACAUUUGACACUUACGGCAGAAGAUACAGGUAAUUUUUCAUUUAAAGACACUUUUCUCAGAACUCCCGAGUUUGACCGCAGGUAG